UAUUUAUAAAAUAAAAUUUCAAUAGAUAAUUUUGAUUUUUAAAAUUGUGCAUAAAUUGUUUGAAGGACAUUUUUCAAAUUCAAAGCUAUUUUAACUUUAGUAGUAUCUGCGGUGAACAAUAUAUUAAAACUUGAGAGGUAGCAAUAAAUUCUGAAAAAUUUCAAGAAUCUUAUCUUUGAUUUUGAGGCUCAAUGAAGUGAAAAAAUGUCUGGAUUGGAAAGGUUUCAAGGAACUUCCGACUGGAUGCAAAAGUUUAAAUCGUUAUUAACAAAUAAUCGAAAUCCUGGAACACCACCUAGGGAUCUUGACAGCUCUAGUGAAAACUCUUUUUGCUUAGAACUAAGUGGAACUUUUCAAAAUAUAUUACAAGAAAAAAAUAUUCUUCCAAAAACAAUGACAACUUCUUUUAAAAUGGAUAAUAAAGAAAAUUUAAAUCCCGAUACUGCGAUGAAAGAUUCAAUAAAUUCAAAAUUGAUUAAAAACAGAAUUUCAACUUGUGAAGACUCAAUCAUGAAUCCGUCUUUUAUAGAAGCUACGGAGAAUUCUUUUGAAAUUACUAAUUUUAGUUUUACAGCUAUUGAACAAGCUUGUAAUAAGUCUCUAUCAGAUCCAGACAGUACCAUUCAUAACUAUGUAGAACAAAUACGUAAAAAUAAUGAAUCGAAAAAUUCUAACAUUACGGAAGACACAAUUCAAGAAAACGAAGCUAUAGAACGUCUCAUUAAAAAUCUGGAAAUUCAAGAAUCAAAGUAUGUGUCAAAAGAAAGAACUUCUUGCACUAAAUUACCUAAUAGAUCUGAUAGAAAUACUUUUGCUGAUCAAACACAAUUAGCUGAUAUUGAAGAACCUUCUGCUCUAUGGGAGACUACAGUUACGGACAAUAAUGGAAAAUAUAUUUCACCAACAAAGAUGGUUGGGUUAUUAAGACCUUCUACAAUUUUAGAAGAAUCAUCUUCAAGUACUGAAUCUAAUAUAACUGAAAACAGUUUUAGAACAGCGAAAAAACCUGAUGCUGAUCAAAACAAUAUUGAAAGUGAUGCUGCUACUUCAGCAUAUGAAACAGCUUGUGAUUCAAUACCAAGUGAUAAUAAUGCUAAUUUUGAUAAUAAAGACAAUGGGAAAAAGUCUCAUGGGGAAAAUGACAUAGAUUAUGGUGCGCGAUUUGCAGCAGACAUGGAGGAAAGAAAUUCUCAACUGUUUAAUCGUUUUGAAAAUGAAAAAAUAUCAGUCGAAAAUUCUGCGAAUUAUGUCUUGUGUGAAGAAAAUGUAGCAAAAAUCUAUGAAGUUGAAAUAAAACAAGAAAAAUCUUUUGUUCAAAGUCAAAGUAAUGUCGAACUUGUCACAAUUGAAAUCUCAGAUGACGAACUUGAUGGCGAGGACAAAGAAAAUGAAUUAAAUGAAGGAUUUUCGAUUCGGAAAUCAGAAAUAGAUAAUUUAAUCGAAACUGAGAAAACUUUCAGAGAACAAGAUUCUAGAGAAGACAGAGAAGACAAAAAACUAGAAAUUUCUCAUGAGCUUAAUGAUACAUUAGAAGAAGUAGAGUAUAUUAUGAAGCUUGGUAUGCAAAUGCAGAAAGAUUCGGCAAAGAAACUUAAAGCAGUCGAAAAUAUAAAAACAGAAUCGUCACAGAUCUUAAAUAAGUCACCAGCUUAUUUAAAACCGAAACCUAUUUCACCAAUACCUAGUGUUUCACCAAAAACGAACGCAUUUUCUGUGAGCACUGAAAAUAAAACAGCUUUAGGAAAAGUUAAAUAUAUGAAUUCACCAUCUUUUGCUCAAAAGGUAUUUUCUCCAAAGGCUACUCAAAAUACUCCACCAAUAAAAAAUUCAUUAUACGGUAAAACACUUAUUAAACAGCAAUCAGCAAAAAAAACGCAGGCAAUAACUUCUAAAGAUACAUUUAAGAAACCUACUAUUGGUAGCAAUAUUUCGAAAAUUCCUGCACCAAAAGUUUUAUCAAAUGCAAGAAAACCAUUUUAUGCUGAUGUUAUAAGUCCUGUUGGAGCUUAUAUUAAAAAAACUCCGGUUUGUCCAACUGAAUUAAAAAUUAAGGAUAUGACUAUAAAAUCUUUAGAUUAUGGUCAAGCAACAGGUAAAGCAACUUUGCAAUAUCAUCCACCAAAAAGAUUCGAAAAGAAAAAAGAAAAUGGUCCAAGUUUACCUCAAAAAUGUUAUAAAUCUGCUGAUUAUAGAUGCGUUGUGGACGAAAGAACACCUUUAAAUAUACCAGGUGGUGAAAAAAUUCAUAAAUAUUUAAAACCAGCUUUAAUGCCAGCAAUUGUUCGACAUGAUGGCAAAAUGAAAAUGGGUUCACCCAUGAUGUAUAAUCAUUCACGAAACAAUGACAAUAAUAAAACUGUUGAUAGUACAAUAACAGAUUUGGCAGAUUUAUCAACAAUUUCGGGUGAUGUUUCAAUUUAUACAUUAAGAGAUGCACAAAAAUUUAAUUUUAAUGCAAAUGGAAAAAGUAUGGUGUCGAAGAAGUAAAAAUAUUAUAUAAAAUUAAAUGCACUCGUCGGUCUUUAAACUUAAUUCAUAUAUUAAAAACAAUUUCUAUAUUUGUUUAUUUUUCUAAUAAUAAACAAGAUUUCAAGUUUGAUUUCAAGAUCGUUUUGUUUAAAAUUUCGUAAAUUUAUAAUUUUUCAUUGGAAAAUGUUAAAAAAAUCGAAUUAAAACAAAAUUUUUACUACAAAUCUUAACUAUUAUUUUUUUUUUAUUUUAUCUUGUUGAAUAUUCACGUUUUACAUUUAUAUUUUUAAUAGCUAAAUAUAAUAUUAUAAACACAUUAAAAUAACACAUAUUUAAAAUUCAUAAAUUAAAAAUAAUAUUCUUUUUUGUAUUAAUAACAAUAUUAAUAAAAACUUAUAAAAUUUUUGCAAAAAAAAAAAAUUAUUUAAAUUAUUUUAAAUUACAUACAUGCACACCUUAAAUUAAAAUUUUUAGUUUUCAAAUUUCAAAAUACUAUAUAAAUUACGUCACUUUGCUAUUACGCUUAAUAGUCUAAUUUAAUUUAUAUUAUUAGAAUGCGAAUGAUUAUUUUUGUUUUAAUUAUAUAAUUUAAUACAAUUACAUUUUGUUUAAAAAAAAGUAUUUACAUAAUAUAAAAUCAGCGCUACCAGUACAAUUUGUUCAUAUUAAUUCUUAAUAUAAAUGUAUAUAAUAUGCAUUAUGUUUUAAAUAAAUUUGUAUAUUAUUAUUAUUUUUGAACUAAUCUGGUUAUUGAACAAUUUACCAGAUGAAAUUUAUCAAAGUUUUUCUAAAAUUUUCAAUAUUGAUUAUAAAAUUUUAAUACAAAUCAAAAAUACUAGCUCUUUUGCAAUAUGCAAUUGGUAUGUUUUUAAAAUAACAAUAAAGUAAUAAAGUCAUAAAAUUGGAAUCAAAAUAUUAGAAUUGAAACGUUUUAUGACCUCAAUUUGUAAUAAUGAUGUGUUACAGAAC